GUUGUUUUAAACUACGCUGACUGGAUUUGCAGUCCUUGCCUAGUCUGGUCAGCUGGAUAUUAUGAACCCUGUUCUUGUCCGUUUAUUCAGCUCUUCACCCAUUUUGAAUUUCUUAUUAAACAGAAUUCAAACAAUAAUAAUAUAUUAAAUCUUCUUCAUUUCCGGCAGACCCAUGGAGACAGUUAUCGGAAAUCCAUUCAUCAAGGCAUUGAUUAUUCUUUUCUUGGUAUCUGCAACUACCGCCGCUGGCGACGCUCCGUUCAUUAUUUCCCACAAGAAGGCUUCGCUCACCAGACUUAAAUCCGGCGCUGAACGCGUCUCCGUCUCUAUCGACAUCUACAAUCAAGGCUUCUCGACGGUGUAUGAUGUGAGUCUUGUCGAUGAUAGCUGGCCCAAAGAUUUAUUUGAUAUCAUCAGCGGUAACACUUCAAAGUCAUGGGAGAGACUUGAUGCCGGUGGCAUUUUAUCUCAUUCAUUUGAAUUAGAUGCCAAAAGACAAGGAAUGUUCCAUGGUGCACCAGCAGUUAUUACUUACCGUGUUCCCACAAAGGUGUCUCUACAGGAAGCAUAUUCAACUCCAAUCUUGCCUUUGGACAUCUUAGCUGAAAGACCUACCGAAAACAAGCUUGAUUGGGUUAGUUCUAUUUAGAAUAAGAAUAAACAAUGAAUUAAUGCUCUUCAAUAUAUAUUUUCCUGUUUUCAAUGUUACUAAAGGCUUAUUCUUUUUGUUUUUCGUGGAACUCGCUCUGGUCGUGACUAAAUAUUGAAGGCCAAGAGGUUGCUGGCUAAAUAUGGAUCUCAAAUAUCAGUGGUCUCAAUAGUGUUAUUGUUUAUCUACCUAGUCGCUACCCCAUCGAAAGCCAGUGCGGCAAAAGCAAGCAAGAAGAAGCGCUAGGUAUGGUUUGCUGAGCUGAGAAAAAGCAAAAUCAAUAACCUGUCACCACUCAACGCAAUGCAGGAACCUUACUUUAUAUUGCCAUUAAAAUAUAUAUAUAUAUAUUUUUUUAUGUUUGGAUUUUUGCAAUUAGAUGGGUGUUAAAUGAGGUUUGUGGAAGGUGAAACAAGUGAAUCCAAGUCCCAAAUCCUAGACUUGAUUCAAGCAGGUAAUCCUGGAAGUGGGAGAACUGGUUUGUGAUAUCUGAUGGAUUUGACAAUUUUGAGAUUUAAUACUUAUAUAUGUAUUCUAUUUUUCUCAAA